AAAAAAAAAAAAAAAAAAAAAAAAAAAAAGGUCAAGUAUAUCAAUCAUUCUGGGACGGAUGGUUCAUCAUUUUUUUUAUGUUCUUUUGCUUCUAUUACCAACUAAUAAUUUCUCCUUUUCCCUUUUUUUUUUUCCUCUUGUGGCUUCAGGUCUCAAUGAUGAGAUGUUUGCCAUUUUAGUGCUAAUGGCACUCUUCACAACAUUUAUAACAACACCAAUAGUAAUGGCAAUCUUCAAGCCAGACAGUUUUGAAACCCAAAAGAGGAAGCUUCAACCUGAUGCCUCUGUGCAUAUGGACUCUAGCACUACACCGGCAACCUCGGCUUUUAAAGAACAGUUCAGAGUCUUGGCCUGUGCUCAUGGUCCAGGGAACGUAUCCGGCCUCAUCAACCUGAUCGAAUCAACCCGAAGCACGGCCUCAAAGAACAAUCUUAAGCUCUACAUUAUGCACCUUGUAGAGCUCACUGAACGUUCCUCAUCUAUUCUCAUGGUCCACCGCCUUCGUCGUAAUGGCUUCCCGUUCAUUGACCCAACUCGACAUCGUAGUCAAGUUGAGGUACAUGACCGGGUAGCUUCGGCUUUUGAGACCUACGCUCAAUUAGGUCGGGUUAUGGUUCGUCCGGUGACAACUGUAUCACCCCUUUCGACGAUGCAUGAAGAUGUUCGACACGUAGCAGAGGGAAAGAGGGUGAUGAUGAUCAUAAUGCCGUUUCAUAUGAUGUGGAGGAAGGAUGAAGAAAGUGGAAAGAUGAAAUUGGUGGAGAAUUUAGGGCAUGGGUGGAGAGGUGUGAACCAAAGGUUGCUGAAGAAUGCUCCUUGCACGGUUUCGGUUUUCGUGGACCGGGGUUUUGGCGCGGGUUGUGCAGCUCAGGAUGAUGCAACAUCUCAAAGGCAGCUUAGGUUUUGUGUUGAAUUCUUUGGAGGGGCUGAUGAUCGAGAGGCUUUGGAGCUUGGGGCUAGAAUGAUGGACCAUCCCGAAAUUCGGGUUACGAUUAUAAGGUUUGUACAGAGCCAAGGAAUGGAUGCUAACAAUGUCAAGCUAAUGCCAUCUUCAGAAAAGUGCAGUGAUAGUAAUUAUACAUUCUCUGUUGCUGCCAUAAAUCGAACCGAAGAGACGGCACUCAAUGAGGCAAUGGUGGAAAUUUUCCGAAACAAAUGGGAUGGAACAAUGGAAUUCAUACAAAAACAAGCUAACAACAUAGAAGAAGCAGUGUUGACACUAGGUCGAAGUGGUGAGUAUGACCUAAUAGUCGUAGGCAAAGGUCGUUUCCCUUCAACGAUGGUGGCUGAACUAGCAGACCGCCAAGCCGAGCAUGCCGAGCUAGGGCCUAUUGGGGACAUCUUAUCAUCAACUAACAAUGGCAUUGUGUCAUCUGUGUUGGUUAUCCAACAACAUGCUUCGGCACAUGUAGAAGAGAUGCCUGUUGAUAAAGUAGUUGAAGGUGAUGUUAAUGUCCAAAAUGCUGCUAACCAAGUUUGAUAAUCUUUUGGCACAAAGUCUACAACAUGGUAAAUAGAUUUUGUAAUACCUUUAGUGUUGUACAGUGCACUGUACAAAAUUUGUCUCUCUCAUUUCUUGUACUUUAAAUAUAUAUAAUUAUAAUAUGAAAUAUACUGAGUACCAUAAUUUCUCAUAUUAUUUGUUCAAAUUUUUAGAGUUGUUUUUCUUAAUCUUAGUCUAUACAAUGAUAACUGGCGAGAUACCUCUAUACUCGUACAAUUUAUUAGGCCGGAAAAUUAAGCUCUUGCAAAGGAGGAGAUAGAAAAAUAAGAAAAAACUUAACUUUCU